GCCAGAGGCGGGGCCUGACAGGAGCGGCAGCCUCCGCGGCCCCGGCCCCGCCGCCAUGAGCAGGCAUCUGCUUCCCCUCUCCGCCCUGGGCACCUUGGUGGGAGCAGCGGUGCUACUCAAGCUCUGGGCCGUGGUGGGAAAUGCAGAUCGUCUAACUGUGCCCGAUUCUCCCACUUAGGGAUAAUGUCACCGGUGGAAGCUGUCCCAGCAAGGCAACCAUUAAAGGAAAGACCGUAGUCAUAACGGGGGCAAAUACCGGCAUCGGGAAGGAAACAGCUUUGGAACUAGCCAAAAGAGGAGGCCGGAUCAUCAUGGCCUGUCGGGAUAUGGGUAAAUGCGAAGAAGCGGCCAAAGAAAUCCGAGGAGAAACCCUCAGUCACAACGUCUAUGCCCGAUACCUCGACCUCGCCUCCCUGAAAUCGGUCCGGGAAUUUGCAGAGAAGAUAAACCAAGAAGAGGAGCGGGUCGAUAUCCUGAUCAACAAUGCCGCUGUGAUGAGGUGUCCAUAUUGGAAGACUGAAGAUGGCUUCGAGAUGCAGUUCGGCGUCAACCACUUGGGUCACUUUCUUUUAACAAAUCUGCUACUGGAGAAAAUGAAAGAAUGCGAGAGCGCCCGGAUUAUUAACGUCUCUUCCUUGGCUCACAUAGCCGGAACAAUUGACUUUGAUGACCUAAACUGGGAGAAGAAGAAGUUUAACACCAAAGCAGCUUACUGCCAAAGUAAACUGGCCAAUGUGCUGUUUACACAGGAAUUGGCUAGGCAACUUGAAGGAACACGAGUGACCGCCAACUCCCUGCAUCCAGGGGUUGCCAAUACCGAACUGGGCAGGCACACGGGAAUGCACAACUCGAUGUUUUCCAGCGCCGUUCUAGGACCACUGUUCUGGCUGUUGGUGAAAAGUCCCCGGCUGGCCGCUCAGCCCAGCGUAUACCUCGCAGUGGCCGAGGAGCUGAAAGGAGUAUCGGGGAAGUAUUUUGAUUCAAUGAGAGAAAAAGAACCCGCUCCCCAAGCCCAAGAUGAAGAGGUGGCAAAGAGGCUCUGGGUGACGAGUGCUCAACUUGUUGGCCUGGAAGAGACUCCGUCCAGCUCCCGUGGGGGAAAAACUGCCAGCACGAAGCAGAAAUAGAGAUAAUGGAUCAUACCGAGAGACCGGAUAGACCAGGGCGCUUAGUACAGCCCAGUAAGCGCUCAGGAAAUAUCUUUGAGGGGUUGAUUAAGCCCCCCAUGGUACAAAAUAAUAAAGAGCUGUAAAUCUGAA